GCCCCACACAUCCGGAUGAGCAGAGCCCAGCCUGCGGCGAUGAGAACUUCCAUUGGGACCGCCCCGCCCCGCCAAAAGUGUCAGUCAGGCGUCAGGUGUCGCAGUGUACCCGAGCGCCGCGUCCCCAGGAGCCUGCAACGGCGGCGCGACGCAGAGUCAAGAGAUCGUGUUUCUGGUGCGCGGGUCUCACGGCCGCGCCUACUCUCGAGGACUGGACCGACGGCGCCUCACUUCUACGGAGAGGCAACCCGAGAGUAGGCCAGUCCGAUGGGUUGCCUAUACAUGCAGGCGGGCGGGCGGAGCGGCGACCCGGCGGACUGGAGCACGGAGCACACGGAGCCGGGAGGGAAGUCACGGGCGGUAACGCGCCUGGGCUUCACGGCAUGGAUGGGAAAUAUUGCGGUUUAAAAAAAAAAAAAAGUACGCCUCCUAAAGAAACAGUCGUUUUCCCGCCUCCUCUAAAAGCGAAUAUGAAUCUGUGUCGAGGACCGACGGAGACGGACGACAACGAUAGAGUUUGUUUUCCUUUACUUCUGAAACCUUACUGAAAUUGUCGAAAAUGGUUGUUGGGGCCUUUCCCGUCGUUAAACUAGGGGCAUUACUGCUUAAGCAGUUAAGCAAACCUAUCGCAAAUUUUUCAAAGCAGAGAGCGAAGAACAACUAUUUCUUCAGAACAUACAUUUGCAUGCCUCCUGCACAGUUUUACAACUGGUGUGAAAUAAAGACCAAAAUGUGGGUAAUGAACUUAGGAAAGCCUGUCAAUGUACCCCAGCUCAAUGAGGCAAUGGCCAUUGAGCUUGGUGCAAAUAUGCUGGGAGAAACAAUUGUGUUUUCCAUAGCAGCUGGUAUCUUAUACUUUGAGUAUGCAAGACAGGUUCAAAAAGAAUUGGACAAAGAAAAGGCUCGCCAGGAGGAACUAAGUCAGUUAAAUUAUACUAUUCAAAAUAUGUACUUCACGGUUGAACGGCAAGAUUCUCAAAUUCGAGAACUGCUUCAAUCGGUAUCUGAUCUGGAAAAAAGACAUGCAUUCUUGCCUAAGAGAAAAAAGAAUGAGCCACAGCCACCUCCCCCUGUUCCACCUCUAGUUCUUCCUCCCACACCUCUUGUAACAGGACCUCCGAAAGGUGUUCAAGAACAAAAUCCUCCUAGCUCAUCAUCACCUAACAAAGGAAAUCAUCCAAUUGUAUCUAACCCACACCAAAACUCAUCUGUGAUAUCAGGAGCCAUGACAAUACUAGAAAAUGAAUUUCUCCCUGAAAAACCAUCUAGAUACGAAAAUGGAUUAGUUAUGAAAGCUGUAGAGUAUGCUCAGCAUGAAUUGUUUAGACAUCCUCAGAGUUCAACUCAGAGAGCUUAUUAGGAGAAUAUUUGUACUUGGGUAAGAUGAAUGAUGACAGGCAUGACACUGGAUUGCUGUUCAAUUCUUUCAUCAAUUUAGUAAGUGAGAAAAUUUUGUUCAGUGCGACAGUGGGCUAUGGGAUGGGCAUACAUGAUACGUAAUCCAUUGUCUUGUUUGAUUUUUCAAUAUGGCGUUUUCAAUUGUCGACCUUGGUGUGAACAAUUGUAUAAUUAAUUUAUGCAGUCAUCAGAUUUUGCACCACACCUAUUAGAAUUUCAAUUGUGUAACGGAUGGUUUCCUGUCUUAAGUCCUGUGCUUAAGGUCAAGUUCAUAUACAUACAAAAAGUACAUCUUGUGGCAAUUUGUUACCAUCAGAUAGUGCUUCAAGUCUGUCAGCACUUCAUGAUAACCUUUUACAAAAUAUGAUCACCUUCUGAUUACUUUACUUAUUACUUUAUCUGGACUAUAGUGCAUGUUGGCUCAUGUUAACAUCUGGUUUGUGAUACUAUUUUACUUUGUAAUAUAUUGUACAUAAUUGUAA